AUUGCUGUGAAAUAAUUCUAUCAGUUCAGUUUAAGCCGAUUCAGUUUAGAAUAAAUUUUUGGCUUUUUUAUCUUCACAAAUUCAUUCAUAUAAUACUUUUAAUUCCACGUUUCGGAAGAGUGAUGGAUACCAUAAACAAAAGGGCAAACAUGUUGACGAUAUUUGUCCUAACAUUUAUCAUGCCAACUAAUUUGAUUGAUGCUGCAAGUGACUAUAGUAACGGAGGUUCAACUAAUUUGGCUAUAAUCACAUGGGCCCAUGCAGUUAAUAGCCAGGCUCUCUUGGAGCAAGUUCUUGCAAAUGCUAAAGUUCAAAUGAUUGAAGCUGAUGUGAGCCCUGGAAUACUUAAAAAAUCAUGUGCACAGGAAACAGAAAAUCCAACAUUAGAUACGAGUAUAAUCAAAACAAUUUGGUUUCAAAUUCAAAGCGCAUUAAAUGUUCAAUACAGAGACGUUGUUAUGGCUCAUCCACCGGACACAUCGUCUGAUCUCUCAUUGGAAGACUUUCUGAGUAAGGUUUACGAUCACAAUAGUAAAUCCAAUAAAAAGAAGGGUAUUAAGCUUGAUAUCAAAGAUAUCGAUCCACUGAAAAGGGCAUUGUCACUGAUAAAACAAAAAAAUUUUGCAGAUGCGAAUACUUUUAUAAAUGCGGAUGUUAUUUGUGGUCCAGGUAUGAACGAAUUUCUACCGGACAAGCCAAUCGAUGCCAAGGAAUUUCUCGAUGCCUUUGAAGAUUUUGAUGGCUUGUCCAAUGUAACACUUUCAAUUGGAUGGAAAACUGGAUCGAGUCAAAUGCAGACUGCCGUCUAUACUCAAUAUCAUGUUGAUCAAAUGAUCAAAGCUAUUAAUGAUAAUAAUGUUGAUAAGAGUCAUCCAAUAUCAUUUCCAGUGCGUGCCAUUUAUGCUGUCAGAAGUAUACCAACCUUGAAAUAUUUGUUUGAUUCAGUUAGCAAAGUCUAUAAGGUAACAUUCACCAUUUGGACUGGUAGCAAUGAUACAUUUUCAAUUCUAGAAUUGCAAAAAUUGAUCAAUUUCUUUGGCCUUCCUUACGUAUACGUUGAUAUACCAGAUGAAAUGAAAAGUAAAUUGAAUUUAAAGUCUGGUUGACUCUGCCUUAACCAAUCGAAUUAAUGGAACAUUCUAUCAAAACAAAUGUUAAAUUCAAAUACAGACGUUGACGUAAUUCAAAUGUCUUGAUAUUGAUGUGUUUAUUA